AUGACAGCGUCAAACGACGACGGCGACGCGAUGCCACCACCGCGGCCAAAGCCCCCCGCGAGCGGGAGCAUGGUUCCACCGCCCCCGCCCACCUCCAAGCCCGCCAUGCUGCCGCCGCCCGCGCCCGCCGCGCGCGUGGCGGCCGCGGAGCAGACCCCGUCAUCACGAGCGGGCAACGACAACACCGCCGCGAGCUUCACCGAGAGCGACCGCCGCCGCCACGCCGUCAUGUCGGCGGCCUCGGCCCUCGCAGGCAGUGUGGCACCGGCGCAGCUCGAGGUCGCCGCGGGCGAGAUCGUCGCGCGGCACCACAGCGGCGCGGCGCCCGACGCGGCUGCCGCGCCGGAGGGCGGCGCGCCGUCGCCGUGGACGCCGCAGUUCCCGGAGCCCGACUGGCUGCAGGCCCCGCGCGGGGUGGGGUACAGCCUGGAGGUGAUGCGCGGGGGCGCGGUGGUGGAGGAGCGGCCGCUCGGGGAGGACGCGGUCGUGGUGUUCGGGCGGUCGCCCGGCGCGCACGUGGUCGUGCAGCACCCGUCGUGCAGCCGGUGUCACGCCGUGGUGGCGUUUGCCCAGGACGGGCGCGCGCGCGUGGCGGACUGCGGGAGCACGCACGGGACGUUCCUGAACAAGCGGCGGCUCAAGGCGCGCACGUUCGCGCCGCUCGCGGUCGGCGACCAGCUCAAGCUCGGCCAGAGCACGCGCAUCUACAUUCUGAACGGCCCCGUGGACCUGAUGCCGGAGGAGGCGCCCUCCCGCGCGCAGCUCCGGGCCCUGCAGCGCGCCGAGGCUGCCAGGGAGCGCGGCGUCGACGUCCCCGCGUCCGACGCCGCGGCGCCGCACGCGCACGGCUGCGCGCACUCGCACCGGCUGCUGGUGUCGUUCAUGAGCGGGGAGGUGGACUGGCGGGCGCUGGAGGCGCGCGGGGAGCUCACGGAGCGGCAGCGCGGCAUCGUGGAGAAGAUCCGCGUGCGCGAGGGCAAGAUGCGGCGGCUGGAGGAGGACCGCGGGCGGCUGCAGGCCAAGGAGCGGGGCGGGGAGGGGCUGGGGCGCGGACAGGCCGAGGCGCUGCUGCGGUGCGAGCAGCGCGUGGACGCGAUCCGGGAGGAGAUCGAGGACCUCGAGGCGGUGCUGGAGGACAGCAUCCACGACUCGCUGUCGGCCAAGGCCGGACACAAGAGGAAGAACCUGUCGCCGCGCAAGGCGGCGCGGGGCGCUGGGAGCGACGAGGACGACGACGACGAGUUCUACGACCGCACGCGCGAGCGCAGCAGCAAGCGCACCCGCCGCGACGGGCACCUCUCCGGCAGCGGCGCCGAGGGCAGCGGCAGCGGCACGGGGAGCCCCGAGGCGGCAGAGGCCGAGACCGUCAACAGCCUGGCGGGGAAGCAGGAGGCCCUGCGCGCCGAAAUCCGCCGCCUCGAGCAAGAGAUACUCGUCGAGGAGUCGGUCGUCCAGGACAAGGCCGAAGAAGAGCGUCGCGAGGAGCAGGACCCCGGCGCGGACGACCUGGACGCGUACAUGGCGCACCUGGAGACCGACGUGGAGCGCGACCGCCUGGCACGGAUGCGCAAGGAGCGCGCGGAGCUCGAGGAGCAGCUCGCGCGCGUGGAGAAGAUGCUGAACAUCGCGGACCCGGACGGGGAGCACCGGCCGCGCGACGGCGAGCUGCAGGCGGAGAAGGCGAAGCAGCAGGCGCGGAUGCACCUCGAGAAGAUGAAGCAGGAGCAGCGGCGGCGCGACGUGGCCACGCGCGCGGCGCAGGAGGCCCAGGCGGCGGCCGAGCGCACGGUGCGCGAGGACGCCGGCCGCGCAACGGACCAAGCCGCCGCUGCACCGCGUGCGCCGGCGCCGGCGCCGCCGCGCGUGCCGAGCGUGGUGACGGCGGUGACGGAGCCGAGCGUGGAGGACGAGAGGGCGUCGGGGGGCACGCUGGCGACGGAGGCUGCAGAGGCGGAGGCGGGAGGGUUCGUGUCGCGGGGUGCGCUGCGGGCGCUGAAGGCGAAGGGGGUGUCCGUGGCGGGGGGCGGCGGGGGACGGGGGGCGCGGAGUGGCGGGGAGGAGUCGCCUGCGAGCGGCGUGGACGCGGCGUUGCAGGCGGAGCUGGCGUUGUUGCGGAGAGGCAAGGUGGGCGUGGGGGACGGGGCCGGGGAGGGCGCGGGGUGGGCGGCGCCGAAGGGACAGACGGGGGACGGGCGGACGGAGCUGAACGACAGGUUCGGGUACUGA